UGUCGUAACGUCAAACUUCGUCCCCCUUGUCGAGCCAUGCGCAUUGACGCUUGUUGUCGUGCUUGUGGUACUGCUUGUCAUGGCUACACCAGGCCUAGGACCCCACUGAGACACUAGAGAGAGAGAGGACUCCCCCCGUCCUCCUCCGACUCUCAUGGAGGGCACUGACAUGGACGUAGACGCGGAGCUCAUGCAGAAGUUCAGCUGCAUGGGCACCACGGACAAGGACGUCCUCAUCACGGAGUUCCAGAGACUGUUGGGCUUUCAACUCAACCCCGCCGGCUGCGCCUUCUUCCUGGAUAUGACCAACUGGAACCUACAGGCUGCUAUCGGUGCAUAUUACGACUUUGAGAGUCCCAGUAUCAACACACCCUCUAUGUCCUUCGUUGAAGACGUGACGAUCGGCGAAGGCGAGUCAGUCCCUCCAGACACACCCUUCACAAAGACCUGGAGGAUACAGAACUCGGGUUUGGCUCACGUCUUUGCACGAACAGAGUCAUGGCCGCCCGGUGUGUGCCUGAAAUACAUUGGUGGGGAUCAGUUUGGCCAUGUGAACACGGUCAUGGUGAAGUCUUUGGAGCCCCAGGAGGUUGCAGAUGUGAGUGUGCAGAUGAGAAGUCCCGCAUCUCCUGGAAUGUACCAAGGCCAGUGGCGGAUGUGCACAGCCACAGGAUUGUUCUAUGGAGACGUGAUCUGGGUGAUUCUCAGCGUGGAAGUCGGCGGCCUCCUCGGCGUCACCCAGCAGCUGUCGUCCUUCGAGACGGAGUUCAACACGCAGCCCCAGCGGGACGUGCAGGAGGACUUCAACCCCUUCGCCUCGCCGCAGAAGAACAAGCGGGAACCGGCUGACUGCAGCAUCGGUGACGCCGGCGCCAUAUGGGAGCAAACGCAGGAGUCGGCCCCACGGGACGAAAACAGACCGUCUCACAACGCCGUCAACAGGGCGUCAAACGGCCUCCAAGCGAACGUGUCAGCGGUGACUCAUGACCAGGGUGUCCAUGGACCCUUUCCUUUUGGACAGAGCUAGAGACACAAACAGACCUCACAGCUGGCAGUCCUUAAAAGGGGCGGGGACAAAACUGUUUUCUAAUGACUCUUAACAAGCCCCUCCUCCUAGACCUGCACCCUCUUUCACCGACACACAGACGUCAAGCCAGACGAUUCUGUGAUGUGUGAACGCUUCUUUCAGAUUGAUUUAAUUUUUUAUGUCCAUCACCAACCACUCCCGAAUGGACAAGAUGUUUGAGGGUCCGGGACGUCUCUUCUGGGUUCCUACACAGGUUGGUUUGCUCAUCCUUUGGACGUCUUUUACUAGAUGUCGGCCUUAAAAGUCCAAAUACAUGUCACAGCAGCACAAAGCAGAGUGUUAAUCAACUGGAGUCUUUAAAGGCCCUUUUUUUUCGAGGGUUUUUCAGCCUUCAGACCCAAUUAUCAUUUAAAUCAACCUUAAAGGUCAAAUGGAAUGGAAAUAGGUCAAAAUCCAGCAAGAGUUAAAGACAUCAAUCUUGGAACUUUGUCUCGAAAUUCCUGUGUAGGAACUCCCAAAGAUGAUGCUAAAACAUGAGGUGAAACAAUGCUGGAUGUGUGUGUGUGUGUGUUUUUUUUAAGGCAGGCUCUCAAAAGUCUGCAAAGGUGCAAAAACACUACGGAGUAAUUGAAGUGUGAGAAAAGGUUUUAAAAAGCCAUGAAAAGUAUAUUUUGCCUGGUGAGUGAUUGUAUUUUUCCACAUCCAUGUUUUGUGUGCGUGGGUGUGUUGCAUUUAAAAGUUCCAAUGCAAGCGGCGUGGGUGUGUGUGUGUGUGUGUGCUACCUGCCUGACUCAUUCAUAAUCAAAGUUAUUUAUUUGUACUCUGCAGGCGCUGCAGCUCCACUCUUGGCCAGCAGGUGGUGCUAGAAAUCAAUUUUAAAUCCAGUAUGUGCGCGUGCGCGUGUGUUUUACAGAUUUCAAUUAAAAGGUGAUUCUGCUUCGAGGGGGGGAAAAAAGUCAGCACUGACCUUUUUACUGCUGUUUGCACACACAUUUCCUCAUUAUUUCUGAUCGUGAAAGUAGAUUUGAUUUUGGGCUUGUUGUGAAAUGUGAUGCAUUCAUCGGCGCUCCUCUUUCUGUCCUUCACAGCUUUAAAAGAUUUUCAAACCUGCUCGCUGCACCAAAUUGUCCUCAUGAAAGUGAGUUUUACGUCGUCAUUAUCAUCACGUCAGACAGCGACUUUGAACGUGUAUUUUUUUGAAUGGAGAAUAAAAUGGGUAAAGUUGGUUGACAA